UGACGAUGAGAAUACAAAAAUCAUAAAAAUAUGUAAGCCCAUGAAUUACAUUUUCCUUUCUCCAUCUUUAUAGCAGUUAAAACAAACUUUCAGUCAGACGUGACAUGGCUUAUCCUUGACCCUGCAUCACACCCGGUAUUCAGAGUAAUAAAUCGGCUCUUUAGCGAUGUUAUCUCCACAAUGACAAGUUCAAUGAUAGCCGUCCAACACCAUUACGUAUGCAAAGUGCGCGUGCUGCCUGCCCGUCUUCCAUAUCAAACACCUAGCCCCUCGCUUCCACCUCUCGCUCACACGCUGACAAUCUGCCACAAGAAGGAAUGCGACAAACUAACUGGAUCACAACUGCCCGAAUCAGGGUACGGUGUCACAAACAACAGAAAAGGCGUUCCGGAUACUACAAUCCAAAACGACUGACGAAUACACAACUGUCUUCAAACAUAAGACUUUUUAGAAUGAGAACGUUGAGGAGGAUUCAUAUCAAAUAGCUUUCCCUUACACUUAGAUCCUGGUCCCUCCAAAAGAUCGUAAGUCCCCGUUUGGCUCAUUGACGACAAGACGAUGCGUACCGGAACCGCAAACGACGUGCUGAAUUUGAAAUGGCUGUAUAAAAAGCGCGGAGUCCCUGUCGAAAUCAUCACACACUCACUAGCCUUCCAACGGUAAACACCAGGAGCACAGAACAAGAUGGUGUCUCACAGAGCGAUGUUCCUCGUGGCCUUGGCGCUGUUCGGAGGUGCGCUGGCCCAGCCUGCCAAGCAAGGCUUCUGGAAGGGAACACCCAUGGAUGGACUCGUCGAGGAGAUGAGAUCCGGCUGCGCCGAAGGAUCCGAUCCCACCGCCUGCAUAAAAUUCAAGGUCAUGUCCUUGUUGGAUACCAUCUUCAAGAAGGACACUUUCCAGAUCUCCGAAGCCGUAGAAGUGACCAAGAAUGGAGCCGGCAAUGAUGUCACUGGCCGUUCCAACGGGGACUUCUUCGACAACGUUGAGAACUUCAUCCAAUCCCACGACGUGACCUUCCAGCUGCCCAUCGCCGACACCAAGAUCACCGUUAGCCCCAGGAACCUUGACCAGGACGAGAUGAGCGUGAACAUUAAGUUCAACAAGGAGGGCGCCCGCUCCGUUGGCGAGGCCCGCAAAGCCAAGCUCAAGAAGAUCAUCGUGCCUAUUCUGGUGUUCGUGCUCCUCAAGGCCAUGACCCUCAUCCCUCUGGCCAUUGGUGUGCUCGGUCUGAAGGCCUGGAACGCUCUGCAGCUGUCUUUCUUCUCUUUCGUCGUCUCCGUGGCUCUCGCCAUCUUCCAGCUUUGCAAGAAGUUUACCCAGAUCGCCGCGGACAACACGCACCCCCAGAUCGCGGCCCAUGGACCUUGGGAUGCCGCCUACGCCGCCCGCCAGAGGAGGGAUGCCGUUGAACCCCAGGAACUCGCUCAAGAACUCGCCUACAACGCUUACCAUUAAACGUCUACUCGAACCCGGACUGAAUUCGAACGACCCAAGCCUCAA